AUGCUAUUCCAUUCUGUGCGGCAGAAUGCUGGUGGAAAUGUGCCUGCUCAUGAUAGUUUAGGUGGUCACAAUCAAGAAAUUAUGGAUGCAUCAGUCUUCAACGGCCUGCCGUCUGCAACCUCCGCAGCAGAUGCAGCAGCAACAGCAGCAGCUGCCUCUGCUUCAAAUUAUGUUGAUUCAUCGAAUCUCUCACAUCUUUCAGAGAAAUUUAAAAGACUUGAAACUCUAAUCUCGGAUCAUUUAUCACAGUUGAACAUAGAAUCCGCCGUUUUCGUCUCAGAGUUGUUAUUUGCGGAAUGCUCGAAUCUGGACGAAUCAUCUCAGGAAAGAGCGCUUGCGAAUUACUUUUACUCUCUAUCCCUGUACUUGAACAAUGACUUUCAUACUGCUAUGCAUGUUUCCUCUGAAAGAAGACAUGAUAAUCUUGCAUGUGCCUACGUAUACUCUCGAUGUUGUUUGAAAUUGAAGAAGAAUUAUUCAGACGCUUUGGAUUGUCUAUUAUCAUUACAGUCCUGUUGGGACACCUGUCUAUCCCAUUUUGGGUAUCCGAAGAAAUCAACAAUCUGUCUCUUAGUAGGGAAGUUAUUCAAAUUAUUGGAUCACGAAUCUAAGAGUGAAACUUUCCUCAGAUCUUCCUUGGAUGGGAAUCCUUAUCUCUGGGAAGCGAGCACAGAACUUUGUGUUCUUCGUUCAAGUUUGGUUCUUACGGUAUUCAAAUCCCAGAAGAAUGCGCCUACACGCUCGCAAUCAUCUGCAGCAAUGAUGACGGUACCACCUCCAAACUGUAGUAUGGAUUCCAGAUCUAGGAAUAAGCCUCAAACUCCAUUUAAAGCUCCAUCCAGAAACAGACAAAACCUUUCCAACUCCCAAACUACAUCCUUAUUAUCGGCUUCUAACGUUGGUGUAUCCAUUUCUCCUCAUUUCUUUAAAAAACACACAAGGUUUACUACAACACCAACUACUGCAACUUCAAGUGCAAAUGUAACCACUACAAACACAUCUUCUAUCGAUACUAAACAUCUCGGAACUACAACACCAUCGAAACUGUCAGGAACAGAUUCCCAAACCAAGUUGUUAAGGUCUCCCAUGGAUAAAAAAAUUAUGACCAACAACUCAUAUCAGAUGCCAAACAUUAGCACUUUUGACUCAAAUUUGGAUGAACUUUUCUCCAACUUCAUCCAUAUAGAAUAUUGCAAGUCAAGGUAUGAUUCAUUCAAAGCCAUCCGCAUGAUGCAAAAUCGCAUUCCACUACAGAUAGCGGUGUCUAUGCCUUGGUGUUUAUCCACAUUGGGUAAGCUACAUUUUGAAUUAGUUAAUUAUGAAAUGGCUAAAUCUUACUUCACGAAAUUAAGAACUUUACAACCUACGCGGUUUCAAGAUAUGGACACCUUCUCAACCGUUUUAUGGCAUUUGCAAGACAAAACACACUUAUCCGCUUUAUGCGCGGAGCUAUUAACGUUGGAUAAGUAUAACCCCAUUGCCUGGUGCAGCAUGGGGAAUCUUCAUUCGUUAAAUAAAGAUCACGACGAAGCCAUUACUGCUUUCGGAAAGGCAAUUCAAUUGGACCCAUUCUUUGCUUACGCUUACACUUUACAAGGGCACGAGUAUUCUAAUAAUGAUGCAUUCGACAAUGCAAAAUCUUGCUUCCGUAAAGCUUUAACUAUCGAAAAAACUCAUUACAAUGCACUUUACGGACUUGGAAUGUGUUGUGUCAAACUUGGAAAGUUUGAAGAAGCACUAUUAUUCUUCGAGAAGGCAAGAGCCUUGAAUCCGGUCAAUGUCAUUUUGAAUUGUUGCUGCGGCGUUGCGUUAGAAAGAUUACAGCAGCCAGAGAGAGCUUUGAACUUCUACGAAUUAGCAACUGAGUUACAACCAAACUCGUCUUUAGCAUUGUUCAAGAAAUCACAACUUCUAUUGAACAUGGGACAGUAUUCUUCUGCGCUACAUAAUUUUGAAAGAUUAGAAUCACUUACCCCUGAUGAAGCUCAUGUGCACUUUUUGCUUGGUAACCUGUACCAAAUUGUGGGUAAGAAGCAAGAUGCAAUGAAUCAAUAUACUAUUGCAAUGAACCUAGACCCUAAAGGUAGUCAAUUAAUAAAAGAAGCCAUGGAAAAAUGUCAUGAACAGGGUUGA